CGGCCCGCCAUGAGCGCUCCGCCCGACGCCCGCGACUACGUCUCCGGCCGGGGGAUCCCGCGGCUGUUCGAGAGCAUGCUGACUGGCCUGAUGUACCACCGCCCCGAGGACCCGGUCGCUUACCUGGAGCACUGCUUGCAGAAAGUCCGGGAGCUGGGCGGCCCCGAGAUGGUGCAGUGGGACACGUUCGUCAGUCCGGAGAAGCAGGCCGUACAACCUGUCGGCAACGGGCAGGGCAGGAAACCCGCUUUCUACACAGACACGGCCCCGUGCAGCCAAUUCGGCCCCCUGCCCGCCGUCAAGACUCAGUUCUCCAUCGAAAGUGAUUCGGACAUGACCGAAUCGACGGGGCUGAUCCAAGAGUAUGAUGUCUUUGGCCCGGCCCGGCCCCGGCCGAAGAUCAUUUUCGUGAUCGGGGGGCCCGGUAGCGGGAAAGGGACCCAGAGCAGAAGGAUGGCGGCCCACUUUGGGUUCAUCUGUAUCUCUGUGGGGGAGAUCCUGCGCCACCAGAUGAUUCUCCGUGCCACCACUGACCGGAAGUGGGAGCUGAUCGCCAAGAUCAUUGCUGAUGGAGAGCUCGCCCCACAGGAAACGGCGCUCGAGGAGCUGAAGCAGCAGUUUAUGAAGCAGCAAGAUGCGAAGGGCUUCGUCAUGGACGGCUUCCCCCGAGACAUCGGCCAGGCCCUCACCUUUGAGGAGCAGAUUGGUCCUCCAGACCUCGUGCUCUUCUUGGCCUGCUCGAGCCCCCGGCUCCGGCUCCGGCUGGAAAAGCGUUCCCAGGAGCAGGGCCGCCCAGAUGACAACGCCCAGGCCGUCGCGCACCGGCUGGAGACCUUCAAGCGCAAUGUCCCCUUCGUUGUGAAGUACUACCAGGAAAAGGGGGCGGUCGUGCGGUUUGACGCAGACAGAGACGAGGACAGCGUCUUUGCGGACAUCAGCGCCUGCCUCCAGCAGCGGCUGCACCUGGCGGCGGCGGAGGCACCAGAGUCUUUCCAGCCAUCUCCGUCGGACUGUCUGUUCAGCUCGAGCCAAGAAUCUCUGGAAGAGGAAAGCGGAGGGGGCCAGCUUGACGCGCCUCUCGCCCCGGCCUUCCCCAGCAUGGCAGCGGAAAAAUUGAAAAACCACAAAAUCAUCUUUGUAGUAGGUGGGCCGGGCUCGGGAAAGGGGACCCAGUGCGAGAGGAUUGUCCAGAAGUAUGGCUACACCCACCUGUCCACUGGUGACCUCCUGAGGGCAGAGGUCAGCUCUGGUUCCGAACGAGGGAAGAAGCUGUCCGCCAUCAUGGAGAAGGGCGAGUUGGUCCCGCUGGACACCGUCCUGGACAUGCUGCGGGAUGCCAUGUUGGCCAAGGCGGACUCCUCCAAGGGCUACCUGAUCGACGGCUACCCCCGGGAGGUGAAGCAGGGAGAGGAGUUCGAGAAGAAGAUCACGGCCCCAACGCUGCUGCUCUACGUGGACGCCGGGAAAGACACGAUGGUGAAGCGGCUGCUGAAGCGCGGCGAGACGAGCGGACGGGUGGACGACAACGAGGAGACCAUCAAGAAGCGCCUGGAGACCUACUACAAAGCCACGGAACCCGUCAUCGCCUUUUAUGAGAAAAGGGGGAUUGUCCGCAAGCUGAAUGCAGAAGGCACGGUGGAGGAGGUGUUCAAGCAGGUCUGCACCCACCUGGACGCCCUGAAGUAAAUGCCGACGGACCCCCCCUCCCGGCCUCGGACCCCCCCUUUCCUCCCCCCCACCUUCCCCACUCGCCGGACGUCAGCUCCUGCCGCUCCCCCCCACACACACACGCACACACAAACAUGCCGGCACCACAGCCAUCCUCUUCUCUCGUCUGCGGCAUCUCCGGGUUCAUCUCGGGGUUGAGACAACGGAAGUGACUCCAUCCUGUUUUCAUGGAGGAAACUUCGAGGACAUUGUGUUUGGCUCCCAAGGCCUCCCUCCAAAGUAAAAUUCCCUUUCAUGAGUCCGAGAUAGUUUAAUCUUUUAUUUUUUCUUCUGUGGCUGCAGCUGCAACAGGAAAAAAUUGUUCUACGUUCCUCACUCCAAAGGUUGAUUAAGGGCAGGAAAUGCCCCGUUAUACCCCAGUCCGGAGCAGAAGCCGGCGGGCUGUUCGCUUUGGUGGGGGAAGAGGCAUUCUUUUAUGCCGCUCUCCCCUACCCAGCACCUUCCAGAGAGUGUCAGAGAGAACCCACGUCAUCUUCAGCAUGGUCGAGGAUGAUGAGCUUUGUAGUCUUGCAUUGUUCAGAAGGCGCCAAGUUGGGGAAGGCUGCUGUAAUUCCCAGGAUAGGGAGCUGGUAGUCCUCCCUUCCAGAUGUUGUUGGAAUAUAUUUCCAUCAUCCUUCUUUCAUCGUGGCCCAAUCAUCCAACAACUCUAUAAAAGGCCCAAGUGCCGCAUCACCCCCACUUUAAUCCUGAUAAUUUGGCAGAACUCCUGAGCAGGGUGAAGACUGGACCGUGAUAUUCUUAAAAGCAAGAGCUAAACCCUCACCUUGGAGAUUUUCCAAGGUUUUUGCUUCUCUCGGUCUGCUCUGAAUGUUGCUUUUCCACAGAGGCAAAUUUCUCAUCCGCACCCCACCGGAGGAGGAAUCCCUGCACCUCUUCUGUGUUUUUCUGCUGCAAUACAUAUGUAUAUGACCCUCUCAUUUUUUUAGGAAGCACAGAGAAGGGGCUCUGGAUUUUUCUGACUAAAGAAAGCUUGUCUUUUCCUCUAGCCUGUGGAGAAAUACUGCUGCUUUGGUAUAACGCACCACACCAAUUCGGGCGUCACAUGCUCAGACGCUCCUCCAAUUCCCGCAUUGCAGACGGAAAGCCAGCAGGUCGGAAAAAGCCGCAGCGGAAGGUUGGAUUGCUAGCUUUCCAUGUGCGAGCUCACUUGCAUGUGUGGAAGGGGUAGCUUGGGAUGGAGGAUGGAUUUAUUUCAUAGUGGGAGCCCCCACCUGUGCCGUGGUACAGCCCUGACACCGGCACUUUGAACCCUUCCUCCAAGAAGAAUUCAGAACAGUGGCUAUAUUCCCCCCCUUCCAAAAAAAAAACCCUUGUGUAUCCUGCCUUUAAAAGACAGAACAAGCUUGCAAAUUCUCACCUGGGGAAGGUGCCUUCUUGAAGGCCAGACUACCUCUUACUUGCAAAGGGAAACAUUGCAUGACUCCCCAACCCCAUUUCUGCCGUUGCAGCAUCCUCUCAGAAUGUCUUCGCGCAGCCACAAAACACGUGCCUUUUUCUUUGGUGUAGCCCAUGGGUGGCUCCUCUCUUCUGCAAAUCUCCAUUUUUCACGCUUUCACUGAACUGCCUCUACUUGCUUUUGCACAGACGAGGGGAGAGUGGGGAGUGCGAAUCCAGGACGGCGUGUCUCACCUGGGGGGCAGGUUCCUAUUACAACGCUGUGCCUAUUUUUCUUUCGGGCCUCUCGGCGGCUCUGCGGCCCCACGGGAAAUCUUUUACACUCACCUGGUGCGUUCUAAAGUGACCAUUCUUCUCGUCGUCUCCUUCCCUCUCUGUCUUUUGUAUACGGCUUUCUAAUCUUUAUCAGCGGAAAGGGCAGGAUCGGUGCGGCCCCUCUAUUGUCCUGCCCAGAGUCUUAAAGGCCCCGAGUCUGGCCCACCGUCUGAAUGUAUUUAUCGUAUCGUUAUUAAAGCGUGUAAAAGACG